GCCGCCCGGCGGGGCUGACGUGGAACGGGAGGGCGGCCAUGGCGGCCGACUGGGAGGAAAUCAGGCGUCUGGCGGCCGAUUUCCAGCGUGCUCAGUUUGCCGAGGCGGCCCACAGAUUGUCGGAGCGGAACUGUAUAGAAAUUGUCACUAAACUAAUUGCGGAAAAGCAGCUGGAAGUGGUGCAUACGUUGGAUGGGAAAGAAUAUGUCACUCCAGCACAGAUCAGUAAGGAGAUCUGGGAUGAGCUCAGCGUUUGUGGUGGUCGAAUAAACAUUGUUGACUUACAACAGAUAAUAAAUGUGGACCUUCUGCACAUUGAAAAUAGAGCUAAUGAUAUCGUUAAAUCAGACAAAGCUGUUCAGCUUGUGUUAGGACAGCUUAUAAAUGAGAAUUACCUAGAUCAAUUAGCAGAAGAAAUAAAUGAUAAACUACAGGAAACUGGCCAGGUGACAAUAUCAGAACUCUGCAAGGCAUAUGACCUUCCAGGAGACUUCCUGACACAGGCUUUAUCCAAGCGUUUGGGUAGAAUUAUUCAUGGAAGGCUGGACCAGGAAAACCGUGGGGUGAUUUUUACAGAGGCCUUUGUUUCCCGGCACCGGGCACGCAUUCGUGGUCUCUUCAGUGCGAUUACUCGGCCUACACCUGUAAGUAACUUGAUCACACGGUAUGGAUUUCAAGAACAUUUACUUUACUCUGUGCUAGAAGAACUGGUUAACACCGGCCGUCUAAAAGGCACUGUGGUUGGUGGGAGGCAAGAUAAAGCUGUGUUUGUUCCUGACAUCUAUGCCAGAACACAGAGCAACUGGGUGGAUUCCUUUUUCAAACAAAAUGGUUACUUAGAAUUUGAUGCAUUGUACAGACUUGGCAUCCCUGACCCAGCAGGCUACAUCAAAAAAAGAUACAAGUCCACAAAACUCUUAUUUCUGAGAGCAGCUUGUGUUGGUCAAGAGAUUGUGGACCGAGUUGAAGCUUCUGUAGAUGAAGUUAUCAGCUCUGGAAGUUGGAUAGACGUAGCAACUCUUCUGCCAAGUUCAUUGUCAGUAGAAGAUGUUGGGAUUUUGCUUCAGCAAGUGAUGAGAUCUUUGAACAAAAAUUCUUCAAGUUUAGUCUUCAGUGACACCAUCGUGGUCAGUGAGAAAUUUCUAAGCAGCUGUACUGAUCUGUUCUCUGAUAUGAUGAAACAGAAAGCCGAAAAGGAAAUGAAAAACAGCCCUGUUCAUUUAAUUACUGAAGAAGAUUUAAAGCAGUCUUACGUUUUAGAAAAUUCGUAUGCUAAUAAAAAGGACAAAAAAGAUGAAAGAAGAAAGAAAGCAACAGAGGGCAGUGGAAGCACGAGAGGAGGAGGAGGUGGUAAUGCAAGAGAAAUCAAGAUUAAGAAAACAAAGAAGAAAGGAAGGAAGGAUGCUGACAGUGAUGAAGAGUCACAAACCACCAGCACAGGUAAGAAUAAGCAGCUGGAGUUCCAUUUCAUGUCGCAAGAGGAAAUGCAGGAUGUUUUAAAGACCCAUUUGCAGGACUGCCCUGAAGAGCUCAUUACAGAACUUGCUGAACAUCUAAUGAGACCUCUAACAAAAAGUUACCAGGAAGUCGUGCGUUCCGUUUUCACAUCUUCAACAUCUUCCUCCGGAGCAAGCAGAAGACAGACUAUGAAGGACUUGCAGGAGGAGUUCUCAAACAUGUACAACAACAUUCGAUUAUUUGAAAAGGGAACCAAGUAUUUCACAGAUGAGACUCAGACUAACCUUGCUAAGCACCUGUUGAAGACUGUCUGUACCGACAUUACAAAUCUUAUUUUCAACUUCCUAGCAUCUGAUUCAAUGAUGACAACGGAAAAUUAUUCUUCCAUUACAAGUGAGGUGAGGACCAAGAUUUUAGGUAAAUUGCCAGAAGAUACCAAAGGUCCUUUAACUAAACUGCAUGCUUCUCUGAAUGGCAAGAGUUUAGAAGAUUUCCUCUCAUACCUUGAUACUGCAGCAGAUAUUUGUGAUAUUAUGGUGAAAAAAGGAGACAAAAAGAAGGAAAGGCAAGUCCUGUUUCAACAUAGACAAGCUCUGAUUGAACAGCUAAAAGUAACAGAAGAUCCAGCUCUUGUUCUGCACCUGACAUCAGUACUGUUAUUUCAGUUUUCAACCCACUGUAUGCUUCAUGCACCGGGAAGAUCUGUACCACAGAUCAUUAAUUUCUUAAGCAGCAAGAUCCCAGAGGAUCAGCAUUCUCUGUUAAUCAAAUACCAGGGAUUAGUAGUGAAACAGUUGAUCAGUCAGUCUAAGAAGGCAGAACAGGAGGAUGACAAUAAAACAGAGGAAGAAGGAGCAGAUACCAUUCGGAAGGAGCUCCAGGAAAUCACUACCUCUGUCAAAGAUCUUGUUCUCAGACCUAGAAAAUCUUCUGUAACAGAGGAAUAAAAUGAGUGUGUCCAUCAUGCAGCUUGAAAAUGCUUGAAAAGCUUUAAUUAAUAUUUGGCUUCUAUUAAAUGACAGCCAAGGAGCACAUCAUCAUGUAAUGGUGACAAAUGGAGUUUUGUUUAUCUACUACUCCAUCAUACACAUAAGAUGUAUAUGCAUAUAAGAUAUUAAUACAUUGGAUGAGGAGGAUGCUUUGGGUAUAAAAUUGGUGGUUUUGUUUUAAUUUGCAACUUCACUUGCAGACUCAAGAAAUGCUUUCUCUUGGGAUAACACUGUAUUCUGUUACAUGCACUUGUUUAUAGGUUUGCUCUUCUGAUUUGGAUUUGUCAUGGUGUAAGGGUUGCAUUUAAGUGUGCAUAAGAAUGUAUCUUAAUUUCAAAGACUAGGUUUGAAAUAAUAAUUCUUAUAAAUAGUAUACCAACGGAAGCCCAUUUUUACAUUUUGAUAGAAUUAGUGGAUGUUUUCUACUAAAGAGUGAAACCAUCAGGUACAGGGUCAUAUUCCUAAACUUGAAAGAAGUGAUCCAAUAUUUAUGUGAGUCUCUAAAUAUACUGAAAUCUUUCAAAAAUCAGCACACCCAUGCUAUUUAUGUGUAUUCUAUUAAUGGCAGUAAUGGCAGCUCAUUUAAAACUAAUUUAAUUGAGACAGAGGAGGUGUAAUCCUUUUGCAUGGGUAAUUUGAGGAUGGGUAAAUACUAUUUCACUUGCCAUAAUUAACAUUCUAUGUGUUCAUUCAGCAGUCUUGUUGAAUGCUCUGUCCAGUUCCCUUAGCUGUACCAAGCACCAGCUUGCAUUCUGUCAGCUGCUUUGAGGGAACUUCUGAUGUUCUGUUUACCCCAAGUUUUUGGAAAAGAAUUUAAAUAUUAACAUUUAAGAUCUUUCUACAUAAAUUCUAUAGACUGUUUUUCUAAUCUGAAAUAGCUAAAUGUUGAAUGUUUCCCUCAAGUUUUUUACUUGCCUUGUUUCCACAAGGGCUUUGUCUUGAGGAAGGUAAAAAAUAUGUAAAAUAAAAUCUUUUGAGUUCUGCCACUGUUAUUGACAUAAUUAUUGUAUGUCAAAUGCACUUCUGACUUGUAUUUAAGAGAAGGUAGUUUUCAAACCAGAAAUGUUUUAGUUGUAUCAGGUCCUUCUUGACCUUGCAUUACUUCAGUAAUGCCCAUUGAUUUCAUGCAAGACAAGAAAUCUGAAAAUGCCAUUCACCCAUUUUUGCCAAAAUUCUUUGAUGCUGAAAGGAAGCAAAUAGGUUCUAUGCAAGUUCUGCUUUGUUUAAAUAUAUUUUUUAUUGUUAUUAUUUUUUAAAAUAUUUGUUUCCCAGCAUUUAGUCUGUUCUAUGUGGUUGAUCAAAAGUAUCUGCUAGCUUGGAAAAAAAAGAAAAAAAAAAAAAAAAAAGUUGGUGAGGCCCAGUAUGAAAACUCAGUAAUGGAUUAACUGUGAUGGAUUUUAACCAUACGUAGAAGUACCUAAUGUUUAACAAUAUUCCUUCAUAAUUCUGGUCUUUUACACAUUGUAAGGCAAAAACUGUGCCGGAAAGAAUAGAGCUAAGGCAGAAUCAAAGAUAGUUUUUCUCUUUGACUGGAGGAUACCUUUGUGAACACUGAAGAGUAAGAUGAAAAAUACUGUAUUUACCUUUGUUUAAGAAAGAAUUUGCAUAUGGAGAAUAGGCUUGGUUUGCUGUUAUUUGGCCAGAAUAAUCACUGUGCUCUACAGUGAACAUAAACAAUUUUGUAAGACAUGAAUCUAUUUUGUAAAUAAUAUGCUAUGUGAUAUUCUGUAUGCAAAUGUGAAAUUAUUUUAAUAAAAUUAAAUGAUGAGGUAUUUAAAAUGCAAUAUUGACUUAAGCAGUGAUUGUUAGACUUGCAAUGUACAGCUUCCAAAAGGUUUUAUGCACUUUUUGAUUUAACAUGUUGUUUUGAGCGUUCCUAUAUUUUUGAUUGAUACUGUUACAUAUUAUAAGAGUAACUUACACAAUCUACUAUAUCAUGCAUCACAGUUGCUAUAUGGUAGCCAUUAUUAUAAGAAUGAUAAAAAUAUAUGUAUCAUUCUAAUUAGAUAAGAAAGAUACACUAGAAUUCAGAGAUAUCUUCUGGCUACUAAGAAUUCUAGUAGAUAAAGGUAGGAAAACUUUCCCAGAUAUUUUUUUCACUCUCAAAUGUGAAAAAUCAGUCUUCAGUUCAUCAGAUGGGAGUAUCUUGAGAGAGAAAGAAAAGGAAUAUUCACAAUUUUCUGAUUAUUACCCAUGAGAAAUGUUUUGGAGAGUAAGAGAUUUCUCGUCUUAGAAAUCAGAGGUUCCAUUUACAAAACAGAAUCAAUUAUUGGCAUAACUAGGAAAAUGAAAGGUAACAUGCAGUAUGUAAAUCAGUGCUGUUAAUUUGGCUUUAAGUAGUAAGCGUAAUCUUGUGUCCUACACCUACAGUCUUUAAGCAGCACCAUUAUAAAGCUUCUAAAAGCUGAUGUGAAUAUAUAUAAACAGGCUUCUCAAUCUCAUCUACCUCUACAGUCAGCAAAUUAGAAUUGAUUUUUUUAACUGUAAGUAGUAAAAAAUUUCAGCAUCCUUUUUUUUUUCCCCCGGUUUUAAGUGGCAAAAUCUGACUUUUGUAGCUGUUUGUUUCCAGGCCUGCUGGAAAUAAGCAAACUGUUGCUCUACUGGAUCUUACAGCCUUCUUUCCAAUUCUGUUCUGCAACUUCUUAAAUAACAAAAACAGACAAACAGAAGUCCUCAAGUUUUCAAGUGAUAGCAUUGGGAUUUGAUGUCUGAAAGAAUCUUUCUUAACAGCUUGCUUAGAUGAAGCUACAGGCUCUGUAGGUUCUUGAGUAGGCUCCUUAAGAAAUGGUUGCUCCUUGAUUUUAUUUUCUGGGGCGGGGGGGGGGAAUGGGAAGUUUAGUACUCGUACAGAAAACACGAAAGGCAGAUUGAAUGUGUACCCCAGGAUCACUUCUCCAGCAGUGGCCAAAAGUGAGUGCCUAGGGAGGAACAGAAGAAUGAGGCACUUCUUGAUUUUUCCCGAGUGCUUUUGGAGCCCCCAGAUACGUGCUACUCAAACGUUCUGAAUCAUGGCUUUACUUAACAAAUAGCAGAUAGUAAUGGUCUGAAGCUUUUGGGUAAACAGGAUACUGGUGCACAGGAUUCUUUCUCUGCUGACCCAGGUAGCAACAUGUUCAGUAAAUGGCAAAGAUGUUUUCUGAGGAAAGCAACAAAUUGGUCAUGUUUUUAAUAGGAAUGUUAAAUAUUUAAGCAAGGAAGGAGACCUUAUUUAAAAUAAAUAAAUAAAUAGAAAAUUAAAAAAAAAAAAA